UAUUAUAGUUUUUUUUAUAAGACAUUUGUUAUUUUUGUUAUUUUUGUUAUAUUUGUGAGAUGAGAAAAAAACAUUUAAUACCAACUUCUCUGACAUACAUAAAGUAUAAGACUUUAUAAGAUUAGUCCUAGUCAUUUUUCAUUCCAUUGAGCUUCAAGCGUUUCUCAAAGAGCUGUAUUUAUCUUUGAUAAAUCUCAUUCUGAUUAAUCUUUUUCUUUAUGAAUCAUAUAAAGUGAUAAAAUUAUAUAGAAAAAAAAAGGGGAAGAAGUGAAAUUCUGUUAGAAGCAUGGAGGAAGAUCAUAUGAAAGAGCCAUUACUGGAGAAGCAGUACUUUAAGGAUUGCCCUGGUUGUAAAGUGGAACAAGCCAAAGAACUUAAUCAAGGAGUAUCCAUUACAAAUCUUUUGAUUAUUUGGAUGGUCGUCUUAUGUGCUACACUACCUGCAAUAUCUCUCUUUCCAUUCCUUUAUUUCAUGGUAAGAGAUUUCAAUGUUGCAAAAGAAGAGGCUGAUAUUAGUUAUUACGCGGAUUAUGUCGGAUCUUCAUUCAUGCUUGGAAGAUCUUUGACAGCAGUAUUAUGGGGAAUGAUUUCCGAUCGUUAUGGUCGAAAACCUGUUAUAAUUAUAGGGAUCGUCGCAGUUGUAAUAUUCAACACACUAUUCGGUCUUAGUACGAGUUUUUGGAUGGCUAUUACAACGAGAUUUCUUCUUGGAAGUUUAAACGGUGUGCUUGGACCAGUAAAGGCCUAUGCUACUGAACUUUUUCGAGAAGAGCAUCAAGCUAUAGGACUUUCUACUGUUAGUGUAGCUUGGGGCAUAGGUUUAAUCAUUGGUCCUGCAUUGGGUGGAUAUUUGUCUCAGCCAGCACAAAAAUACCCAAAAAUAUUUCCAAAGUAUUCUUUUUGUGAUAAGUUUCCCUAUUUCUUGCCCUGCUUUAUUAUAUCAGGAUUUGCCCUUACAGUAGCAAUUGCAUGCAUCUGGAUUCCGGAAACACUGCACAAUCAUAAUGAUAGCAAUAAGUCAAAAGAUGAUGUCGAAGCUUUAGAAAACGAAACCGACAAGGUCGAAAAACAAAGGACAGUCCAACACAAUGAAAACCUAUUUAUGAAUUGGCCCUUGAUGUCAUCUAUCAUUGCUUAUAGUAUUUUUGCACUUCAUGAUAUUGCUUAUCAAGAGGUUUUCUCAUUAUGGAGUGUCAGUCCUCUAGGGUUAGGGGGUUUGAACUUUACAACUGAUGAUGUUGGUAAUGUUCUUUCAAUUUCAGGAGUAGUACUUGUCAUCUACAACCUUGCCGUAUAUCCAUAUGUGGAAAAAACUUGUGGACCUAUUGGCAUUGCACGCAUCACAGGGAUUUGUUCCAUACCACUAUUGCAAAGUUACCCCUUCAUAGCAAUGUUGUCAGGCAUAACUUUAUACAUAGUCAUUAGUAUUGCUUCCAUACUGAAGAAUAUUAUUGCUGUGACGAUUACAACAGGUUUGUUCCUGAUUCAAAACCGAGUAGUGGAACAACACCAAAGAGGGGCAGCUAACGGAAUUUCUAUGACAGUUAUGUCUCUAUUCAAAGCUAUUGGCCCUGCUACUGGUGGUACCAUAUUAACAUGGUCACAAAAACGUAUGGAUGCUUCUUUCCUCCCAGGCACUCAAAUGGUGUUUUUUUUCUUAAAUUUGGUUGAGGGACUUGGAAUACUUUUGAUGUUCAAACCAUUCCUUAUUGAAAAGAAGAAAACACACCCAGAUCAGUUACAUUGAUAUGAACCAAGGAAGUUAUUAUGCUUCUCUUAUUAGAAUCAUGAUUCUCAUGUUGAAAGAGACUUCACAAAUUCGCCUUAAAUAUUUAUUUCAUUUAAGUUUAUGGAAAUAUAUAAUACAAGCAUUUUAAUUGUGAUUAUUGUUGCAUAUAAUUGGAUUUGGUUAUAGCUAGUUAUAAGUUGUUUACUAUUAAUUAUGAAGUAGUUAAGAUUUGUUUGUUAAGUUA